GUUACAAAUACAGUGUGUACUGAAUUCUUGACAUAAAAUUUAUAUUUACAUAGGAAUUUUCAACAUUUCAGAGAUAAAUAGGAACGAUUAAAAAAUAUAUUAAACAGUUAACAGAGCACGUACAUAAAGUUGUGUUGUGAUAAAAUGAAUUUUUUUAAAAAACAUAAAAAAUGGAUUAUAAUAAUUACACUGACAGCUAUGGUGGCUGUCGGUGUCAUUUUGUAUUUCGUUCUAUCGGUCCACGCCAAAGAUCCGAAUAUAGAAGAAGAAGAAAUGAGCGCUUACAACUUACUGCAAACGAUAAAUAAGAAAAAUGAAGAAAAUUCCUAUAGAUCUUCACUCGCCCAAUGGGAUUACGAAUCUAAUAUAACGGAUGCGAACUUGGAAAAAGCUUUGGCGAUAUCGGCGGAAGUGGCCGAAAGCGAAAAGGAAGCUUGGCAACAGGUCAAACAAUUCAAUUGGAAAUCUUUUUCGGAUUAUAACAUAAAAAGGCAAUUUAUGUUUUAUUCUGUAUUAGGAUCAUCAGCUUUACCAGAAAACGAUUACAAAUAUUUAAAAAAGAACAUCAGCGAAAUGGAGGCGAUUUAUGCGAAAGGAAAAAUUUGCGAUUAUCAUAAUAAAACUAAAUGCGAUUUGGCAUUAGAACCAGAAAUAACGAAUAUCCUUGCGAAUUCUAAAAACGAAGAAGAACUAAAACACGUUUGGAUCGAAUGGAGAAAUACAGUGGGUCGUAAAUGUAGAGAAAAUUAUAAACAUUACGUCAAAUUAUCGAAUCAAGCCGCUAAACUUAACGAUUUCAAUAAUCAAGGGGAAUAUUGGUUAUUUAAUUAUGAAGAUCCGGAUUUUAAAGAUCAAAUUGCAAGGUUAUGGGAUCAGCUGAAACCGUUGUACUUGCAAAUUCACGCUUACGUGCGGUAUAAACUCAAAGAAAAAUACGGGGAUGUUGUAACUGAAAAAGGACCGAUACCAGCACAUUUAUUAGGAAAUAUGUGGGCUCAAACUUGGAGUAACAUAGCCAGUUUUACUUUACCUUAUCCAGAAGUUGAGGAUAGCGAUGUAACAUCAGAAAUGAUAAAACAGAAUUAUACGGUUUUGAAGAUGUUCAAAACAGCUGAGGAUUUCUUCGUAUCUAUUAAUUUGACGUCUAUGCCUCAAAGUUUUUGGGAAAAAUCGAUUUUAGAAAAACCUACCGAUAGAGAAUUAGUUUGCCACGCAUCCGCUUGGGAUUUUUACAACGGAAAAGAUUUCAGGAUAAAACAGUGCACGGACAUUAAUAUUGAAGAUCUGACAACGGCGCAUCACGAAAUGGGGCAUAUCGAAUAUUUUUUGCAGUAUAAGGAUCAACCGGUUACUUAUAGGAGCGGAGCAAAUGAUGGUUUUCACGAGGCCGUUGGCGAUUUGAUUUCGUUGUCGUUUAAAUCGACGAAGCAUUUGAGAAAAAUCGGAUUGGUUAACACGAAAACUGACGAUCCGAAAAUAGUCCUCAAUAAUUUAUAUAAGAUUGGUUUGGACAAAAUAGCAUUUUUACCGUUCGGAUACUUGAUCGACCUUUGGAGAUGGGACGUUUUCUCCGGAAAUACCACAUCGGACAAUUACAAUUGCAAAUGGUGGGAAUUGAGGGAGAAAUAUCAAGGUUUGGAACCACCAGUCGAUCGAUCCGAAGAAGACUUCGACCCCGCAGCCAAAUAUCACAUAGUCGCCGAUGUUCCCUACCUCAGGUAUUUCAUAAGUUUCGUGAUCCAGUUCCAAUUCCAUAGGGCCCUUUGCGAAAAGGCGGGCGAAUACGAACCGAACAACGCCAAUAAACCCCUCCACGAAUGCGACAUAUACCAAAAUACCAACGCGGGAAAUUCCCUUAAAAAAAUGCUUGCUAUGGGCGCCUCGAGACCUUGGCCCGACGCCAUGGAAGCCCUGACGGGGCAAAGGAAUAUGGACGCCGGCGGUCUAUUGGAAUAUUUUAAGCCUCUUCAAGAUUGGUUGGAAAAAGAAAAUGUUAAAAACGGCGUGUUUAUCGGAUGGGAAAAAACUAAAAGAGUAUGUGUUCGAACUCGUCAAGAACUAGAAUCAAAGAAACAACAAGAAGAAGAAUCUACCGAGUAAUAAAUGUUAUGCUAAUUUUAUGUAUUAUAAUUUUUUGAAAUUUUAUUCUUAAUAAAUGACUAUGAUUUAA